AUGAGUAAAAGGGGUUCGCUAAUAUUGAUAGAGGGUCUAGAUCGUACUGGGAAAUCUACCCAAGCUGAUUUGAUUGUUAAUGAGUUUGAGAAUGCUGGUAAAAAAGUGGAAUUGAUCAAGUUUCCAGAUAGAACCACUGAGAUCGGGAAAUUGAUUAAUCAAUUCUUAGUUGACAAAAAUUUCAAUCUUCCAAAAGAAUCCAUUCAUCUAUUGUUCUCAGCUAAUAGGUGGGAAUUAAAAUCGCAGUUAUUGGAAAAGUUGUUACAAGGGGUAAAUCUAAUAAUGGAUCGAUACUAUUAUUCAGGUAUAGCUUAUUCCACCGCCAAUGGCUUGGAUUUUGACUGGUGCAAAAGUCCUGAUAUUGGUUUACCAAAACCUGAUUUGGUCCUAUUUUUAACGUUUAAGGACAAUGAAAAUGUGAACAAAUUGAAAAAUAGAGAGAAUUAUGGCGAAGAAAGAUAUGAAAUAACGGAGUUUCAACAGGAAGUCAAGAAAAAUUUCGAGACUUUCUUUAAUAAAGAAGAGAAACAGAGGUUACAAAGCUCUAAUUCAAAGGCAGAUUUUGAAAUCGUUUAUGUUGAUAAUAAAACUAUUGAAGAAGUUAAAACUGAUGUUUUGGGACUCGUCAAGAAAUUCAUUGAAGUUGACAAUACCAAUCCUGUUGAGUAUUUCCAAUGA